AAGCUCGUUCUGACUCUAUCAGCAGAGGGGUAGUCCAUUUGUCAUAUCCAAACCCAGCAGACGCUAUCAGAAAUAAGCAUAUUUGAAUCGCAAAAGGUGAACGACAAGCUCAGCAAACCAUGCAGGAUGAUUUACUGAUGGAUAAAAGCAAAGCCCAAUCCCAGUCUCAGCAGCACCAGCACCAGCAGCAGCAAGAACCAACAAACGCAGAGCCCACGUCCUCCCCGACCUCAUCAUCGGAGCCCACCAAAUGCGAGGAGAACCCCGCGAUUCUAAUUAACCAAAUACACCCCGCACACAACUACAAAGAGAAAGUGUCGAUGGAGUCGCCUAUCCUGCCCGGCUUGAGCUUUCAUCAGCCCCAGGAGCCGGGUGGCACAUCAGUGUCUCCUUCCUUCGGCAGCACUUGGUCCACCGGGAACAACAACACCGUGGACGAUAGCUUUUUCCAAGGGAUCCCAUCGGUUAAUGGGACUAUGCUUUUCCAGAACUUCCCACACCAAGUUAAUCCCGUAUUUGGGGGCACAUUUUCACCCCAGAUUGGCAUGGCACAAACACAUCAGCAGCAGCAACAACAAGCAACCCAGCAGCAGCAGCAGAGAAGGUCGCCCGUAAGCCCAAACCAAGCCCCGUUCCCUCCGAGAAAUGCAUAUAGCCACCAAACCAUCAUUAAUAGCAAGGUUUCCUCCUCUUCCCCUUCAUCAUCAUCUUGGAAUAAUCACCAGAACGCCGCUUGGAGCACAGCCUCCAACCCCUGGAGCGGGCUCCAGGCUAGCAGGGAUCCCCGGAGGGCAGUGGGAGUCGGGGUUGGGGUCGGGGUGCCUUCUCCCCUCAACCCCAUCUCCCCAUUAAAAAAGCCGUAUUCGGGCAACGUUAUCGCCCCUCCGAAAUUCCCUAGGGCUGCCCCACUUAUCCCCAAAUCCUGGAUAGAAGACAACGCCUUCAGGGCAGACAACAGCAACAGCAUGCUGCCUUUUCAGGACCGGAAUCGGCCCUAUGAUGGUUUUAACUUGCACUCUUUGGAGAAUUCCUUAAUGGAUAUUAUAAGGACUGAUCACGACAAAGGUAAACACUACCCUCCCAGUGGCGCACCAGUGACUAUCGCUGAUAUAAUGUGGAGGAAUCAUUUUGCAGGUCGCAUGGGUCUAAAUUUCCAUCAUCCAGGAACUGAUAACAUCAUGUCACUAAAUACCAGGAGCUAUGGACGAAGAAGAGGUCGGUCAUCACUCUUUCCCUUCGAAGAUGGUUUCCUUGACGACUGUCAUGGUGACCAGUCUUUAACGUCAGGCCUGGGCUCUCCGACUCGCUGUCAGAACGGCGAGAGAGUGGAACGUUAUUCAAGGAAAGUCUUUGUUGGAGGGCUGCCUCCUGACAUUGAUGAAGAUGAAAUCACUACUAGCUUUCGUCGCUAUGGACAUCUCGUGGUGGACUGGCCCCACAAAGCGGAAAGCAAGUCUUACUUUCCACCCAAAGGCUAUGCCUUUCUGCUUUUCCAGGAGGAAAGUUCAGUUCAAGCUCUGAUUGACGCCUGUAUUGAGGAAGAUGGAAAGCUCUACCUGUGUGUCUCCAGUCCCACCAUCAAGGACAAACCAGUGCAAAUCCGACCUUGGAACCUGAGUGACAGUGACUUUGUAAUGGAUGGUUCUCAGCCCCUGGAUCCCCGGAAAACUAUCUUUGUAGGUGGAGUUCCCCGACCUCUGAGAGCUGUUGAACUGGCGAUGAUCAUGGACCGGUUGUACGGAGGGGUCUGUUAUGCCGGCAUUGACACCGAUCCUGAGCUGAAGUACCCUAAGGGAGCCGGAAGAGUGGCUUUCUCCAAUCAACAAAGUUACAUUGCUGCUAUCAGUGCUCGCUUUGUGCAGCUCCAGCACAAUGACAUUGACAAACGGGUUGAAGUAAAACCAUACGUCCUGGAUGACCAGAUGUGUGAUGAAUGCCAGGGUGCUCGCUGUGGUGGGAAGUUCGCCCCCUUCUUUUGUGCCAACGUGACGUGUCUACAGUAUUACUGCGAGUGCUGCUGGGCAAGCAUCCACUCGCGCGCCGGCCGGGAGUUCCACAAGCCCCUGGUCAAGGAGGGGGGUGACCGGCCUCGCCACGUCUCCUUCCGAUGGAGCUGAAGCUGCAGCAACCAGCCCUGGCCCCCCUACCAAGAGCAAGAGAGCAAGCCUGCUGCCUCAGGGCUAGGAGCAUUCUGGAAAUUGGUGCAUACUUCCUCAGAUACAAGAGAAGAAAAAAAAGGGGGUCUUUUUUUAAUUUACUGUUUUGAACUUAUUGUCCAGUAUAUUAUACAAAAACCUUAAAAGUUUAACUGUACAAAAUUUGCACUUUGGCACACGUAAACACACAAGAAAGAUAUCUGCUUGGUACAUGAAUAUUCCUUUUUGUAAGUCACUUGUUAUAUGGUUUUGGUAAUCCGCUACUCCCAACAGCCACUGCCAGGCUAAUGCUGAAGUGAUACAGUGUGUGUGUGUGUAUAUGUAUGUGUGUAUAUAUAUAUAUAUAUAUAUAUAUAUAUAUAU